AUGCAAAAUGGAGGCAAUGUUGGGCAAGUGCUUGAGCGAUUGAUCAAAGGAGUUAAGGCGAUUGAGACAAAAGUCCCGUUCUCUCGUGAUGAUCGUCUUGGGUGGCUUACUUUUUGCCCUUCUAACUUGGGAACAACUGUUCGUGCCUCCGUACAUAUCAAAUUGCCGAAGAUUAGCGCUAAACCAGAUUUCAAAAAGAUCUGUGAUGAGAUGAAGUUGCAAAUUCGGGGUAUUCACGGUGAGCAUUCGGAGACUGAGGGUGGCGUCUACGACAUCUCUAACAAAGCUCGCCUUGGGCUUACCGAAUUUGAGGCUGUCAAGCAGAUGUACGACGGUGUGAAGAAGUUGAUUGAACUUGAGAAAGCUGCCUAA